UGGGGAGGAGAGAUCCCGCAACAAUAAAAGAAGAAGGCAGGCCAACCAAACCAAACAUACCAAAGGGAAGCAAAGCAACGCAACGGCGAUCAAACACCCAACAAAGGGAGCGGGAGGCACCAAACUCGUAAAGUGAUAGCCUCGUAUAUAGCCAGACGACAUAGCCAGGCGAGAAGGACAGCAAGCCACCGCGAGAACGCGGGAGAGGAAGAAGCAGCAGCCAGCAGCUCUCCAUUUUUCGUCUCGUUUCAUUUCAUUUCAUAGAGGGAGAGAGCUAGAUAGGCACCACUAGGAGCUAGCAAAGCGGAGAAGUAAAUAAGUUUUUGUUUACUCCAUCUUCCCUGGGCUUGCAAGCAAAGGCCGGCCGGCCGGGGGGGUCGAUCCAUUCGCGGUAAGUUCCUUUAAAGCGCGGGGGCGGGAGCGGGAGGCCGCCCAGCAUGCAGCAGCGGCGCAAGUCGGUGUUCGGGUCGGCGCCCUACGCGAUGAAGCAGGCCGCGCUGGGGGCGGGCGUGGCGGCGCGCAAGAACGGCACGCCGCUCUCCAUGGCGGCGGUGGUCUUCUCGCUCUUCGUCUUCGCCACCUUCCUCUACAACGAGGACAUCAAGUCCAUCGCCGACUUCCCCUUCGGCGCCGGCGCCGGCGCGCUCCGCGCCAAGUCCCCCGACCUCCACCUCCUGCAGGAGGCCGAGGCCGCCGCGCACCAGGCCGUCACCACCCUCGCCAUGCGCGGGGAGGAGGCCAUCGUGCGUGUCCUCGACGCGCCCGCCGCCGGGGCCCUUCUUCCGGUAGCCAGCGCGGGCGCCGGUGGUAACGGCAAGAACGCCACCGGAACCGGGGUGGUGGUGGCCAAGGCCAGCGCCGUCUCCAACGCCCACGCCAACACGGUGGGCGCCAAUGCCGGCAGGGAGGAGGAGGGGCAGGAGAAGGACAGGGACGUGACGCUCCCGAACGUGACGGGAGGCGGCGGCGCGGAGGAGGCGAAGCGGAGGGAGGACGAGGAGGCGGCCGAGCGGGCGUCGACGGCGAAGGCCGCGGCAGCGACGGCGGCGCUGCGGGAGGUGGUGAGCGUGCCGGCGACGUGCGACCUGUACCGAGGCAGCUGGGUGUACGACGAGGUGAACGCGCCGGUGUACAAGGAGACGCAGUGCGAGUUCCUGACGGAGCAGGUGACCUGCAUGCGCAACGGCCGCCGCGACGACUCGUAUCAGAAGUGGCGGUGGCAGCCGACCGACUGCGACCUCCCCAGGUUCGACGCUCGUCUGCUGCUGGAGCGGCUGCGCAACAAGCGGCUGAUGUUCGUGGGGGAUUCGCUGAACCGGAACCAGUGGGAGUCGAUGGUGUGCCUGGUCCAGUCGGUGAUCCCCAAGGGCCACAAGACCCUCACCAAGUUCGUCAACAACGGAUCCAGCAACGUCUUCUACGCCCACGAUUACAACGCGACGGUGGAGUUCUACUGGGCGCCCUUCCUGGUGGAGUCCAACUCGGACAAUCCCAAGGUGCACAGCGUCCCGGACCGGGUCAUACAGUGGCACUCCAUCGCCAAGCACGCCAAGAACUGGGUCGGCGUCGACUACCUCGUCUUCAACACCUACAUCUGGUGGCUCAGCGCGCUCGACAUGAAAGUCCUAAAAAAAGGGUCGUUCGACGAGGGCGCUACCGAGUACGAGGAGGUGGACCGGCCCGUGGCGUACAGCGAGGUGCUCAAGACGUGGGCCAAGUGGGUCGACCGCAACAUUGACCCCAACAGCACCACCGUCUUCUUCAUGGGCAUGUCACCCAACCACAUCACGCCGGAGGCAUGGGGCAACGAGGGCGGCAUCAAGUGCGCCAUGGAGACGCAGCCGAUCGCGAACCGGAGCGCGACGCUGGACGUGGGCACGGACUGGCGCCUCUACGCGGGCGCGCAGGACGUGCUCAAGACGUUCCGGCGCGUGCCGGUGCACUUCGUGGACAUCACGGCGCUGUCGGAGCUCCGCAAGGACGCGCACACCUCGGUGCACACGCUCCGGCAGGGGAAGCUGCUCACGCCGGAGCAGCAGGCCAACCCCAAGACGUACGCCGACUGCAUCCACUGGUGCCUGCCGGGCCUGCCCGACACCUGGAACCAGUUCCUCUACGCCCGCAUCGUCUCCGGCGCCUCCGCCCAACACCAACAGUAGCCUCCGUCCCAUAGGUAAUUAAAACGGAGCUCCAACGAGGCUCCUCCAGUGAGUGUUGCAUACAGAUACAGAACAGAAGAGUAAAGGGCAGUUGAAAGAACUCAUUUUUCACCAUUUUUCUGCUGGUUGCGUAAAGCCGUCAUGUGCGGUUAACCUGUGAUUCUUUUUGUUCAAAAGAAAUGGAAGGUUUUAGGGUGAUGAAAUA